AUGCGGGAUGUUAGACCAACUGUUGAGAAUCACAGGUGUGUCUCCAGACUCUCCCUUCGCAACGCUCCAAUACUCCCGUGCCCCUUCACUCCAAACACGACGCGAUCGUCGCAAUUCUCCCUUCCUGAGGCUCAUUCCGUGCACGCCGCGUUCUUUUCCUCUCGUCCGUUCCUCCCUUACCCGCCACGUCGCAUUCAGUGUCCCGUCCGCUUCCGGUGCGCGCUGCCGUCUCUUCCUUCUAGACGAUUCAUCCGUGGCGGACUCGUCCUAUUCACCCUCCCGUGCGCGCUUCGUCCCGCCCACCCCGUCCUUUUCUCCCAUGCCCGCCGCUUUGCAUUAUUUCUCCCGUCUGCUUCUCCCGUGAUCGUUGUCGUCCCUCCCUCUGUUCCAUUCCUCCCCUCCCUCUCAUUCCCCUCUCAUUCUCUCAUUCCGUGCGCCAUCCUUCUCAUUCCCCUCUCAUUCCCCCCUCAAACUCUCAUUCCGUGCGCCUUCACUCUCAUUCCCCUCUCAUUCUCUCAUUCCGUGCGCCUUCACUCUCAUUCCCCUCUCAUUCUCUCAUUCCGUGCACCUUCACUCUCAUUCCCCUCUCAUUCUCUCAUUCCGUGCGCCUUCACUCUCAUUCCCCUCUCAUUCUCUCAUUCCGUGCGCCUUCACUCUCAUUCCCCUCUCAUUCUCUCAUUCCGUGCGCCUUCCCUCUCAUUCCCCUCUCAUUCCCCUCUCAUUCUCUCAUUCCGUGCGCCUUCACUCUCCUUCCCCUCUCAUUCUCUCUUUCCGUGUGCCUUCGCUCUCAUUCCCCUCUCAGUCUCUCAUUCCGUGCGCCAUCCCUCUCAGUCUCUCUUUCCGUGCGCCUUCACUCUCAUUCCCCUCUCAUUCUCUCAUUCCGUGCGCCAUCCCUCUCAUUCCCCUCUCAUUCUCUCAUUCCGUGCGUCAUCCCUCUCAUUCCCCUCUCAUUCUCUCAUUCCGUGCGCCUUCACUCUCCUUCCCCUCUCAUUCUCUCUUAGGGUGUGCCUUCCCUCUCAUUCCCCUCUCAACCUCUCAUUCCGUGCGCCUUCACUCUCCUUCCCCUCCCAUUCUCUCAUUCCUUGCGCCUUCACUCGCAUUCCCCUCUACUCCUCUUCUCACGUGCGCGUUCUCUCGUCCCCCUCUGGUUCACUCCUCACGUGCGCGAUCUCUCUCUUUCCUCUCAUGCGAGUUUGUCCCAUUCCCCUCUGCUCCGCUCCUCCCGUGCGCAUGCUCCCUCUUUCCCCUCUGCGCCUAUCCGCCCAUGCGCAAUUUGUCUUUUUCCCCUCUGCUCCUCUACCCCCUUUGCGCCUUCUUGCUCGCUCCCCUCUGAGUCUCUUCUCCAGUGCGCCCUCUCUCUCUUCCCUCUGUUUCUCUUCUAGUGUGCACUCUUUCUCUUUGCACCUUCUCUCUCCCGUACGCUCGUCCUCGCUAUGCUCCGUUACCUCCUACCCCUUUCAUCCUAUGCUUGUUUCGGCCUUCCACUGGCCUCAUAUGCUUGUAUUCUCUGGUUUCCCCUUUCCCCUCCCCACCUAUGCAUGUAUUCUCUGGUUUCCCCCUUCCCCUCCCCACCUAUGCAUGUAUUCUCUGGUUUCCCCUUUUCCCUCCCCACCUAUGCAUGUAUUCUCUGGUUUCCCCUUUCCCCUCCCCACCUAUGCAUGUAUUCUCUGGUUUCCCCCUUCCCCUCCCCUCAUAUGCAUGUAUUCUCUGGUUUCCCCUUUCCCCUCCCCUCAUAUGCAUGUAUUCUCUGGUUUCCCCUUUCCCCUCCCCUCAUAUGCAUGUAUUCUCUGGUUUCCCCUUUCCCCUCCCCUCAAAUGCAUGUAUUCUCUGGUUUCCCCCUUCCCCUCCCCUCAUAUGCAUGUAUUAUCUGGUUUCCCCCUGCCCCCGCCCUUCAAGUCGCUUGUCUUCUCUAAUUUCCCCUUCCCCUGCCCUCCUAAGCUUGUCUCCUCUUGUUUCUCCCUUCUCCUGUCCUCGUAUGCCUUUCUUCCCUGGCCUCCCCCUUCCCCCGCCCUUCAAGUCUUGUCUUCUCCCGUUUCCCCCUUCUCCCCUACUCCCAAAAUUCUGGCAGAUGUCAUUUCUCUGCCCAAGAUGUCGUCUCUGUGCAUUCGACACUCGAUCAGCGUGCAGCCGUUUGAACAAGAUGACGAUGCGUCUAGUAACGCUGCUGUAUCUGGUGCUGAUGAUGAUGGUGGGGAGGGAGCUCAAGCAGGUGUUGCACUGGCGGAAGAGGAAGAUGCCCCUCAGUUUAACCUCAAGGAUGCUCUUGCGCGCAGGAUCCUCUCCAACCGACUCUCUAUCAGUCAGAUUAACGCUCUGUUGGAAAUCCUGCGCCUAUGGUGGGAGAGGUUGCAAACUUUGGUGCGGGAGGAGGAUCCGGAUGGAGUUGUGGCUGCUUUGAUCCUUGCGAGUGACGAGACGCAUAUGGAUCAUAGAGGGAAGGCGAAGGGUCAUCCUGUGUAUCUCACGUUGGGUAACAUUGAUAAGGACGACAGGUGGCAACCCUCUGGGCACGUGCUACUAGCACUGCUCCCUGAGUUUCUUGCAGAGUACAACGUAGUGGACAAGAUGCAAGUCCACAAUUACAUCAUGCGAGAGGUGCUGCAAUCUCUUAAGACGGCAUCCUACACCGGCAUGGCUAUGAAGAAUGCUGUAGGCGAGUCAAUCAACGUGUGGCCCUAUUUGUACGCUUAUGUGUCGGACUACCCAGAGUCGUGCAAGAUCACGUGCACGAAAUCCUUGGGUACUUUGUUUCCGUGUUCGAUUUGCAAGGUGGACAAGAAGCACUUGGCAGUGCUGCAGGAUCGUAUCCAAGCUCGUACACCAUUCGAGCAGGAUACCAUUGUGCGAGACAUCUUAGAAGGCUGGCUUGCACUAGAUGCAGAGGCAACCUUCUCCACCCACCCUGUGCAGCUGGGAGAUGACAUUCUUACAGAAGAGAAUAAGAGGCGGCAGUUAGCUAAAGAGGCUGCUUUAAAAACAGCUGCAGUCAACACUCUCCACGGCGCUCCCACGGUUGGUAAGACGGCAGCUGCAGGCCGUCGGGGCGGGUCUAAGAGGAAACGUGCUGCCGCCGGCUCUGGUGCGAGUGGUCGAUCCUCUAGUGCGAAUGGCAACAUUCCUGUAGGCUCGCCAUCCGCUGACAACCCUACCGCCGGCACUUCGUCAGAAGCAGAAGGCGCGAACCCUGCAUUGGUGGCAGAAGCAAUGGACACCACGCAAAACGGCGCACCAACCACACGCGGCAUAGUCUGCGGUAUCGCGUCAGACGCAGAUAUUGGAGCUCUCCCUGCACCCCCCGUGCCUGCCGCCGGAGCCCCGGGUCCGAUGAUGGCAGUAGUGAUUGAGGCCGCAGAGGAGGGCGGCGUGGAUCCCUUCAUCGCGUACGGCAUCGAAGCUGGUAGCGACGACGAAGACGGGAACUACGACGAUGCAGAUGAUGUUGACGGCGUCCAAGCGGGAAACGACGAUGAGUUGCGCGCAGUGGAGGUUCGCGCUGCGGAAGUGUGCGCGGCGAAGGUUCGGGCGGUGGAGGUUCGGGCGGCGGAGCUUCGGGCGGCGGAGCUUCGGGCGGCGGAGCUUCGGGCGGCGGAGAUUCGGGCGGCGGAGAUUCGAGCGGCGGAGAUUCGGGCUGCGGAGGUUCGCGCGGUGGAGGACCGCGCUGCAGCGGUUCGAGCGGCAGAUGUGCGCUCUGCGGAGGCUCGCCAGACGGAGCUGGCGCCGCACACCUCGCAGCCUAAUAACCCGACAGCACCCGUUAGGCUUGCUGGUGCGCACCAUUUCAGGGAAGCACAACAGCUGGAGGCACAAUUGCGUGACCUGCAGAACACGGUCUCCACUCUAAACGCGCAGCUGCAGGAGGCAAGGGCCAGGAUCAAGGCGGUGGAGGCUAAACGCGAUAGUCUGAAAACGCAGUUGGAGUCGAUGCAGCGACAGCUUUCAGCGGAAGUCGCUGGAACGAGCUCGGACGUGGGCGCCCUUCGGGACCCUUCUGACCCCCUGGUCCGAAUGGAGAACGUCCGUAAGGACAUUGCGGGCAACCCGACCAUUCUGUCAUCAGUCACCAGCAAUGAUGCAUUCGAUCAUGUCCGGUGCCUGAAAUUUAACCCCCUCCUCACCCUUGUGCGUCCUUGUGUUGAUUGUCUGGAAAUGAUGGGUAAAACCUUCGCCUCGCUCAUCACCCUUGCCCCUGCAGGAGAGAUGGAGUUCUAUCCUCUGUGGGAAGAAUUCCAACCGCAUUUGGUGCGCAAGUACAUAGCUGAGGGGACCACGCAAGAUGAGUACUACCUCUUCAUGGGCGGGAACAGCAAGCGCAUUGAUCGGGCGCUGAAGGUGAUUGGCUGCAAACGCGCGAACAUGAACAAGCCGAUCAAGCUCUAG